AUAUGGCACGCUCGUGCUACGGACGGGUUAUAAGAACAUCCUGUCCUGCGUUGGGGGGGUCCAGUGGUUCUUGGGGGCCCAUAAUGCGACGUCUCUGGCUAGCUGCCAUCAUCGCUGGCCUCGUGCUGGUCACGUGCCAAAUUCGAAUUGGAUCAAGCGCUGCCGCCCACACGCAGCCUCAACAAAUUCAUCUCUCGUAUGGAGCUAGCGAAAAUCAAAGGGUGGUCACCUGGGUCACCUUCGAUCGUACAAGCCCUCCGACCGUAGAGUACGGUUUUUCGGGCUUUCACGAAACUGCUCAGGGCUCUACAACUCGGUUCAGAGAUGGAGGAAGGAAGAAGAGGGUUUUGUACAUUCAUCGGGUGUUGCUUAAGGACCUGGAGCGUGGUACUGAGUACAUGUACCAUUGCGGCAGCGCCGAAGGCUGGAGCGCUGUGUACACAUUCCGAGUGGCACCAUGGGACAGCAGCAACGCUACGAUCGCUGUGUUUGGAGACCUUGGAAGCCUCAAUGCCCGCUCUCUGCCGGCGUUGCAGCAGGACACUCACACAAAGAAAAUUGACGCUGUUUUGCACCUAGGUGACUUCGCUUACGACAUGCACUCGAGAGACGCAACGGUCGGGGAUGAAUUUAUGCGGCAAAUUGAGCCGAUCGCUGCUUAUGUUCCAUACAUGACCGCCGUCGGAAACCACGAGAACGCAUACAACUUCUCGAAUUACGCUAAUCGCUUUUCUAUGAUGGACAAGUCCGGAAACUUCAACAACUUCUUUUACAGCUUUGACAUCGGCCCGGCCCACAUUAUCAGCUAUUCAACGGAGUUCUACUUUUUCCUGAACUACGGCUGGCAUCACGUUCCACAGCAGUACCACUGGCUAGAGAAAGAUUUGCAGGAGGCAAACCUACCAGAAAACAGGGCUAAACGGCCGUGGAUCAUCACAAUGUCGCACCGGCCAAUGUACUGCAGCAAUGUCCGAUUCAGAGACUGCAAUUCCAACGCAAGUAUUGCUCGCAAGGGAUUUCCUCUGACAAAGAUGUAUGGCCUGGAGAAGCUCUUCUUCAAGUACGGAGUGGACUUGCAUUUUACCGGCCAUCAGCAUUCGUACGAGCGCCUGUGGCCGGUCUACGACGGCGUGGUGUACAACGGGAGCAGCACGGACCCGUAUGUCAACCCCAGAGCACCAGUACACGUCGUGACAGGAGCUGCCGGAAACUGGGAGUUCCUCUCACCAUUUGUUCCGAACCCGAAACCAUGGAGCGCCGUGCGAAUUUCAGACUACGGCUUCACGAAGCUCCACUUGAUCAACAGGACUCACAUCCAACUUCAACAGAUAUCAACCAGAGAGAAACCACACGUCGUGGACGCAGUGCACAUCGUGAAAGACAAGCCAAGAAACUUCUGAAGAGCUCUACCAAGUACUGAAUAAACGUUCAAGCUGGAAGUAGCUGAGAAA